AUGGCGACGUUGCUCACCCUCCCCUUGGAGCUGCUCGUUGCGGUGUCCACCCACUUGUCGACCCCGGAUCUGGGUUCCCUACGUCUCACCUGCAAGCUAGCCGAGACCUCUCUCUACGAAUGGUUCUCUGGGGAAUUCUUUUCCAAGAAACAAUUCAUGCUCACACAUCCAAGCUUGCAGGCACUCGUAGAUAUCUCCAAGCAUCCUGGCUUCUGCAAAACAUUGCAGCAUGUCAUCAUCGCCACCAACGUCUACAAUCCUGACCCACGGCCUUUCCGAGACAAGAAAUCAGCAGAUCUUUAUACUCAAGGCUAUAUGGCUCAAAAGACUCUCAUGGCGACUGGCAUAGACCGUGAUAUGCUCACUGAGGCCUUCCAAAAUCUAGUCAACUUGCACACCGUUGGCAUCCGUGACUACCAUGCCACGAGCCGACUUAGAGACGGCCAGUCAGCAAGUUGGGCUUCAUGGGGAGCUACGACCGUCUGGAAGGACACGGGUGUGCACAUGUCCUUUGCAAAUCGAAACACCUACAGACCCGAGAACAAUAGUCCCUUUCUCACGCGUGUAUUCCCAACGGUGAACUACGCCUUAGGCAUGGCUGGGCGCACUCCCCCCAGUCUAGAAGUCAUUCUCCGGAAAGAACUGUUACCAGACAGCACCUUCGACGUACCAGACUUUCUCCUUCCAACCAUAGAACAUGUACUGCGAGGCUAUGCAAGCCUGCUCCUCAGCGUCAGCCUCGCGGCUGAGAAUCCGCACACGCAAUUCAGGCAGAACACUGUCGAAAAUCACCACGGUCGUUCGCUCCGUCGAUUCCUAGGCUACACACCAAAUCUAACCCAUCUCCGUCUGAAUUUCCACAUUGACGAAACCGAGGACAACGCAAAUUUUCUUGUCUGGCUAGGCCAAAGUGCGCCCAUGCCAACACCCGAGUCUAACAACUACCUCUCCCCACAUCCCAUAUCCCUCCCCCUCCUCACCACCCUCGAUCUCGGCAAAGUCAGGAUUCUUGACGACAACCUCGUCGCCAUUGUGACCAAAUUCGCAUCCACACUCGGUAGCUUAAACCUCUGGAAAGUGGGCCUCUACUCCGACUCCAACCCGGGACUUCCACAGGGCAACAAGCCUAACUUCUGGGCCGAGCUAUUGCUGCGAAUCAUCGAUAUACCGCAACUCGAUCUCGAACACAUAAAGUUGGGAUUGGUGCGGCAAGACUACCUGGAUCGGGUAUCCAUGCGAGUUGGCUUCCAGUCUGAGGAAGAUGGGCAUACAACUGUGCUGGAAAAGGUCGAGUACAAGGGUAAAGACUGGAAGACUUUUUUGCGAGGUCUGAUGGUUAAUCUGGUGCGGCCAUACCAAUAUCCUGUGAGAGAUGAGCUUGCGAGUGAGGCGGAUUCUGAGAAUGAGGAUGACUUUGCGGCCGGCCAUUUUUGA